AUGUGGUCCAGAGCUCCUGAAAUUUAUGCUCGUUACGGCCUAAUAAGUAAAGGCUGGGCAUUUAAUAAUUUGAUCGUUGCCAUUGGUGAUGCUGAAUUAAAUGAACAACUUUUGACCAGUGCUACCCACAUCACCAAAUUGGAACAGUAUGGUCUACUGCUCGAAUGGUUGGGUGUGGGACUUCUGGUUAGCGAUGGCAAAAAGUGGCAUUCUCGGCGUAAGAUUAUAACACCAGCAUUUCAUUUUAAAAUUUUGGAAGAUUUCCUUGAGGUAUUCCAUAGACAAUCUUUGGUGUUGCUAGCAUGUCUGGCAGAAAAGGCCAAUGGUGCUACAGUAUUUGAUGUGUAUCCUUUAAUGUCCUUGUAUACCUUGGAUGUGAUUGCAGAAACAGCAAUGGGCUCCAAAAUCAAUGCCCAAAUGGAUAAAACCACGGAGUAUACAUCAGCAGUAAGCGAUUAUGCAUCAAUGAGAGCAAAACGUGAAGCUGUGAGCAAUAUUCCGGGUCCUUAUUGUCUUCCUCUACUGGGAUGUGUUCUGGAAAUCUAUAAAUUAAAUCCCAAAACUAUGUGGUCAAAAGCUCCCGAAAUGUAUUUCAGAUACGGUUCAAUGCUCAAGGGAUGGGUUUUCAAUCAUUUGUUUGUUGCAACUGGUGAUGCCGAAUUAAAUGAACAACUUUUAAGCAGUUCUACGCACAUUUCUAAAAUGAAAAUGUAUGGACUACUGCACGAUUGGUUGGGUCUUGGACUUCUGAUGAGCGAUGGCAAAAAAUGGCAUUCUCGGCGUAAGAUUAUAACACCGGCAUUUCAUUUUCAAAUUUUGGAAGAAUUCCUUGAGGUAUUCAAUAGACAAUCAUUGGUGUUGCUAGAAUGCCUGGCAGAGAAGGCCAAUAGUGCGACAGCAUUCGAUGUGUAUGCUUUAAUGUCCCUGUAUACCUUGGAUGUGAUUGCAGAAACGGCAAUGGGCUCGAAAAUCAAUGCUCAAACGGACAAAACCAUGGAGUAUACAUCUGCAGUAAGCGAUACAUCAGCAAUGUACCUGGUCUUGUUUUUGUUGAUAUUUUUGGUGUGGGCUUUUCUGGAGCAUGCCUCUAAAAAGUGGCACAGAAUGGCUGUUAGCAAUAUUCCUGGGCCCUAUAAUUUUCCCCUUUUGGGAUGUGUGCCAGAAUUGAUAAAAGUCAGUCCAAGAUCCAUGUGGACAAAAUUCUCGGAAUUCUGCAACAAAUACGGUUACGUUAUAAAAAUAUGGGCCUUUAAUCGUUUAUAUUUUUUAACUGCUGAUGCCGAAAUGAAUGAACAAAUUUUGGCCAGUCCAAAUCAUACUUUUAAAUUGCAACAAUAUGGACUACUGAACGAAUGGCUGGGCGAAGGUCUUCUUAUCAGCGGUGGCCAAAAAUGGCAUUCUCGGCGAAAAAUCAUAACACCAGCAUUUCAUUUUAAAAUUCUCGAAGAUUUUCUUGAAAUUUUCCAACGACAAUCAUUGAUUCUGUUGGAUUGUUUGGCAGAGAAGGCUGAGGGUCGUUCAACAUUUGAUGUUUACCCCAUUAUGUCAUUGUACACCUUGGAUAUCAUAGCAGAAACAUCUAUGGGCACCAGGGUGAAUGCUCAAAUUCAAAAAAAGUCCGAAUACACUGCGGCAGUUACGGAAAUGACCGAAUUGACAGCUUGGCGUUUUAUACGCAUACACUUGAACAGUGAUCUCAUUUACACACUGCUGCAUCCCCUAAAGAAAUUACGUCAAAAGAAACUAAUAAGCAUCAUGCAUAAUUUCACCCGAAAAAUCAUAGAAGAACGUCGUGCUGCACUGAUCGAGAGCACAAAGGAAAAUGGUAGCAAGCCUUCCACAAAUGUUGAAACUGAUGAAAUUGGUACGAAAAAACGCUCAGCUUUACUGGACGUUCUGCUGCAAUCAACUAUCGAUGGGCAACCCUUAUCGGAUGAGGAUAUACGUGAAGAAGUUGAGACUUUUAUGUUCGAAGGCCAUGAUACCACAGCAACCUGUCUGAGUUUUACCUUAUACCUAUUGGCUAGAAAUCCUAGAGUUCAGCAAAAACUUUUCGCCGAAAUUCGUCACAUAUAUGGUGAAGACUAUUCGAAACCAUUUACCCUAAUGAAUUUGAAUGAGUUGAAGUACAUGGAAUGUGUUAUCAAAGAAUCUCUACGCUUAUAUCCAGCAGUGCCGCUGAUAGGGCGUAAUCUAAAGGAAGAUUUUAAAUACACACAUUCUGUUCUGGGCAAAGGUGUUAUACCAGCUGGCACCCAAGUUUUGAUUUCCAUUUUCGGUAGCAUGAAUGAUCCCAAAAUUUUGAAAUGUACCAAUCCCAAAGAAUUCCGGCCAGAACGUUUUGAUGAAUUCGAUGCUGCCAUUAACUUCCACUCGAUUCCCUUCAGUGCUGGCCCUCGCAAUUGUAUUGGUCAAAAAUUUGCCAUGUACGAGAUGAAAGUUGCGCUGACAAAAAUUUUACAAACCUAUGAACUAUUGCCCUUUGGCGAGGAAGUCAUACCAGUUGUGAAUAUAGUUCUACGCUCUGAAACUGGCAUGCAGUUGGGUCUUAAGAAAAGGAUGACAACAUAGAUUUUAAUGUAUCGGCAAAGUAAUUUAGAGUAGUUAUUAAUUGAACAAGCGAAAUAAAAAAGUCUGAAAAAAUG